CGCGGCCGCCCCGCCAUGUCGCUCCGCCGCGCCCUGGCGCUCGCCGCCUGCGGGCUGGCGGGCGGCUCCGUCCUGCUCUCCGCCGUCGUCGUGGGCAAGCAGCCGGCCCGCGGCGGUGAGGGCGAGCCGCGCCCGCCGGGCUCCGCCGUGCCCGCCGCCUCCGCCGCCCCGCCCGGCUUGCUGCUGCUGCCGCCCGCCGCCUCCUGCCCGCCGGCCGCCGGCUGGAUCGAGAGACCCGCCGGCAGCGGCGGCUACUGGGACAGCAACUGGGACAGACGUGAACCACUGGCUCUUAUCAACCUCAAAAAGAAAAAUGACGAAACUGGGGAAGAAGAACUUUCCUCUCGCUUGGAUCACUGCAAAGCCAAAGCCACCAGGCACAUAUUCCUCAUCCGGCAUUCCCAGUAUAACUUGGAUGGCCGGGCUGACAAAGACAGAACUCUGACCCCACUCGGUCGAGAGCAGGCUGAGCUGACUGGACACAGGCUGGCAAGCUUGGGAUUAAAAUUUGAUCAGAUUAUCCACUCCUCCAUGACUAGAGCAACUGAAACAACUGAAAUUAUAAGCAAACAUCUCCCAGGAGUCAAAAAAAUUAGUACUGAUCUGCUGAGAGAGGGAGCCCCUAUAGAACCAGACCCUCCAGUCUCCCACUGGAAACCAGAAGCUGUGCAGUAUUACGAAGAUGGAGCUCGAAUUGAGGCAGCUUUUCGGAACUUCAUCCAUAGAGCUGAUGCCAAGCAGGAGGAGGACAGCUACGAGAUCUUCGUGUGCCACGCCAACGUCAUCCGCUACAUCGUCUGCAGGGCACUGCAGUUCCCCCCAGAAGGCUGGCUGAGACUGUCCCUCAACAACGGCAGCAUCACUCACCUGGUGAUCCGUCCCAACGGGAGAGUGGCCCUGCGGACACUGGGGGACACGGGCUUCAUGCCCCCAGACAAGAUCACUCGCACCUGAAGGAGCAGACAGGGUGGCUGUCCAGGAGCUGCCUCAGCCUCUUUGCACUAGCACGUUCUGCCACAGUACCACUAGAGUUUUUGUUACCUUGGGGUGUGAUGCUGUCUUAAAAUGUCCUUUAGCCCUUUGCCUCCUUCAUAUUCAUAUCUGCCUUUCAGUCCAGAAAAGAAGAAACCUUUGUAAGCCUGAAGCUGUCCAGUCCUUAAGUAUUCCCCAGAACUCAAAGCUGAGCUGUGGAAUACUGAGAUUGAAUGUCUGCUCAGCAGUUGCAAGAGCACUGACUUUUUCCCCACCCUGCCGUGAAUUUCUCUAACCAAAGCUUGCUCCUGUGGAUAUUUUUCUUGUGCAGGAAAGUGAUUGGUGUGGGAACAGCCUCUUAUCUCACUGCAGCUAAAACAAAAGACGAGCCAGCUUGUUACAGCUCCUGCAGAAGAAGUGACAAACAGGGUAUUCUGCUGUUCAAAGGACAAAGGGAUAAAGCUUCAGUUUUGUAAGCUCUUAAGUGUGUAUAUUUAUGUUGUGUCAUUGUUCUCCUCUGCCCCCAAAAAGCCCAUGUCAACUGUGCCUGGAGGUUAUGAGCAUAAAGCAGAGGGUAAAAACCCCAUUUGCCUCAGAGCUGUGGUGCUAGAAUUAACUGCUGCUUAUAUGAAGUGUUCUGCCAUCCUCAGGAUGUCCUUUGAGGUAUUCUGAACGACGUUUUUCAGUUUUGUAAAGCCUUUAACUAAACCGUGGUCUGGAGAAGGCUGUAGAGGUGAGUCUGUAGCAGUAAGAUGGAAGGAACACAGCAAUCUUCUGAAAGUGCUUUCAGUUGCUGAGUGCUCUCUCCCACUGAUUUGUGUUUGUUGAUACCUUACUUUGACAGCAGAGAAAUGGCACCCCUGCGUUGCAGGAGUGGUGCUGCAGGUCAGAGGCUCUGCAGUGCUGCUGUUGCUGCAGGGGUGCACAGGUGUCCCCGGGAUGGCAUUGCUAGGCUGAUGUGUGGGACAGGCCUGGGGCAGAAUGCUCCAAGUGCCUCCUUCCUACAGCUCUGACACUGCUGAGGUGAGGGCUCAGCACCAUUCCAGCUCUUUGCUGGGCACCUGAACCCCUGGAGGAACUUGGCUCAGGUCUUGCAGUCUUGCAAAAUUUCACUGUAUGCACAGUCUGCCUUGGGGACAGCAAACACAACUGACUUGUCUCACAGGUUCUCUGGAUGUUGGUUAGAGCCUGAACUCACUCCUGUCAGAGCUGUAUGAAGCAUAAUCGGGACACACAACCUCUGGAGACAGGGUUUGGGGCUUGUUUGAUCCCACACUGCUACAGCAGGACGAGUUUGGGGAACUGGGGCCAGGAGGGAACAAACCACGAUCGUUGUGUAGUGCAGGGUGUGGGGGCAAGAAGAAACCAUCAUGACGUAUCUCUCAUUGAUGCAAUGAGAAUAAUUUAUCAGUUUUUGUCUAUUAACUUUUUAAAAGUUUUGAAUAAAAUACUUGGUCUGUCUUUC